AUGGACCAAGAACAGAUCUUCGCCGCGGAGGCUCAAGAGGAAGCGAUCUUACACCAGGAUCUAUCCAUUGAUUCGGGUAUUGGUACACAGUUCCGUGUUGGGGACGACGAUGAGUUGGACGACGAGAACAGCCCCUUGAUGAGCCCCCGUCGUCGUCGCCCACCAAGGACAACCGAAGCGAGAAGCAGAUCGAGCUAUGAAAGAGCCAUCAAUGAACCGUGGAACGGUGCCAAUACAUCAUCCGGUCAACCCUGGCAUAAGAGACCUUCGAUUUUCUGGCUCCUUCCUGCCUUUUUCCCAUUCUGUCUCGCUUUUGGCGGCGUCAUUGUCCCCAAGACCUAUCUUAUUCUCGAACUGAUCUGCGAAAAAUAUUUGUCGGAUCAAGCCAAAAAUGAUUCCAAUUUCAAGUAUCUGCCUUCCCAACUCAGUCCGGAGAAACCCGAAUGCAGGGACGCUCAUGUGCAGUCUCUCGUGGCCAACUUCAAUUUAUAUUACAAUCUCUUGUCGGGAGGGUUUUCCGCAAUUGUAUCGCCUCAAUUGGGUUCACUCUCGGAUCGCAUUGGCCGGAAGAAAAUCAUCAUCUUCACCUCUUUGGGUGCUCUCAGUGCUGAGGUUAUUACUAUCAUCGUCGGCAGAAAUCCCGGCCAGGUCUCUGUCUACUGGAUUCUCCUGGGGGGGCUUCUUGAUGGCAUUUGCGGCUCUUUCACGACAGCCAUGGCAUUGGCGUUUUCAUAUGCAUCAGAUUGCACGGCCCCAGAGCGCAGGAAUGUCGCUUUUGGUUAUCUCCACGGAACCCUCUUCCUUGGAGUCGCGCUGGGACCAAUCCUAGCAGGCCGUCUCAUCGACCUUACUGGAACAGUUAUGAUUGCAUUUUAUGUUGCGUUCGGGUGCCAUAUCUUUUUCAUCUUGUUCAUUAUCGUUGCUGUCCCGGAGUCUUUGUCCAAAGAGCGACAAUUACUAGCAAGAGAAAAACGACAUAUUGCAAAGGCUGAGGCACCGGAAAAGGACUGGAUUACAUCAUUGAGGAAUUACAACCUGUUUGAGCCUCUCUGGGUGCUUCGACCGACGGGGGAGGGAUCCAGCCCUACGCUCCGAAGGAAUUUAGUUCUCCUCGCUGCCAUAGACACCAUGAUGUUUGGUGUGGCUAUGGGAACCAUGCAGAUCAUCAUCAUUUAUGCCGAAUAUCGAUUUGGCUGGACGGCCGUCAACGCGAGCAUGUAUCUUUCCGCGGUCAACAUCUGUCGAGUCCUGGGUUUAGCUGUGCUCCUACCUAUCCUUACAAGAGUGUUCCGCGGUCCAGCGCAACGGCGUUCGGCCGGACACAAGGGCUCAGACAUGCUUGACAUCAACAUCAUUCGCGGCGCAAUUCUGUUCGACCUCUUUGGCUAUAUCGGGUACGCAAUCUCUCCGACCGGCGCGAUCAUGUUCAUUUCUGGCAUGGUUGCAUCCCUUGGUGGAAUUGGCUCACCUACUCUACAAUCCUCCCUCACCAAGCAUAUUCCCGCCGAUCGAACCGGCCAAGUUCUCGGUGCGUCAGGACUAUUGCAUGCUUUAGCGCGUGUUGUUGCUCCCACUGUCUUCAACCCUAUCUACAGUCAUACCGUGGGAAUCUACGCAGGCACUGUUUUCCUUUGCUUGGGCUCAAUCUUUAUUGUUGUCUUUGUUCUCAGCUGGUUUUUGAAGCCGCAUGUAUAUCUCACUGACCCCUCGGUAAAUCUUGGAGAGGAUGACAGGAAUACUGAUGAAUAG